AUGCGUUCCUUCCUCGGAGGAGUCGUCGCUCUGAGCUCCGUGCUCGGGGCUGCGGCCAGAAACUACAACUCGUCCGCCUACAGUGACUCCGCUAGCGGAAUCGACUUCCAACAAUGGUGCGACUCGUCCAGCGGAUUCUGUUUCGGUAUGGCCCUGCCUGAGGAUGCCGACACCGACUUCAUUGGUCAGCUCGUCGUCCCUCUCAGCGAUGGCAAGGGAUGGGGUGGAGUCAGUCUUUCCAGCUCCAUGACCCACGCCCUCCUGGUCGGUGCCUGGCCCAACGGCGACGGUGCUGUCGCAACCCUCCGUGAGACGACCUCCUACACCAACCCCGACGAGUACGACGGCGAUGCCAGCAUCGCGGAGAUCCCCAGCGGAACCUCCACUAACAGCACCCACUUCACCUACACCUUCCUCUGCAAGGGUUGCAUCGUUGGCGACCCCACCACCUUCAGCGCCGAUGACGAGAGCUACUUCCUGGGAUGGGCUCUCAGCAAGACCAGCCCUUCCACCCCGGCCUCCGCUUCCUCCGUCCUGAACUACCACGCCGCUGGUUUCGGUAGCUUCCGUAUGCUCCUGAACGACGCCAAGUCCUCCAAGUACUCCACCUGGGCCAGCAAGGCCAAGGCCAGCACCUCGACUGCUUCGCCCUCGGCCUCCGUCUCGAGCGCCGCUGUCAGCGGUACUCCUACCCCCAGCGUGGCCCCUACCGUGUCCAACACCACCUACGACUACAUCGUUGUCGGUGGUGGUGCCGCCGGUAUCAUCGCCGCCGAGCGUCUGGCCGAGACCAAGAAGAGCGUCCUGCUCAUUGAGCGUGGUGGCGCCCACACCGUCCAGCUCGGCAACACCGAGGGUGCCCUCUCGUGGAACAAGAGUCUGACUGCCUACGAUGUCCCCGCCCUGGGCAGCUCCCUGUCCUCGCUUGGUCUGCUCGACGACUACCUCUGCCCCGACACCGCUGGUAUGGCUGGUUGCGUUCUCGGCGGUGGUACCAUCGUCAACGCCCUUGCCUUCAUUCACCCCCAGGAGGCCGAUUUCGACGACAAGUGGCCCUCCGGCUGGAAGUGGGAGGAUGUCAAGGAGGCCUCCGAGCGUCUGUACGAGCGCAACCCCGGUAGCUUGCUGCCCUCCGCCGACGGCAAGCGUUACGACCAGGGCAUGUUCGCCACGCUCUCCUCUUUCCUGAAGGGAAUCGGCUACUCGCAGGUUAACCAGCAUGAGCAGCCCAACGAGAAGCACAACAAGUUCAGUUACCCCUCGUGGUCCGUUGCCAACGGUAUCCGCGCCGGUCCCGUCCGCUCUUACCUCCCUCUCGCCCAGGACCUCGACAACUUCUCGCUGAGCCUGCACACCAAGGUUAACCGCCUGAUCCGCCGCGGUGGCCGUGUCACUGGUGUUGAGGUCGAGACCGCCUCCGGCGGCGCCGAGAUCAUCAACGUCCGCGCUGGCGGUAAGGUUGUUCUCGCUGCCGGUGCCCUGUCCACCCCCCGCAUCCUGUUCAACUCCGGCAUCGGUCCCGCCGAGCAGAUCCAGAACGUCAAGAAGGGCUCUACCGGUGUCACCGUUCCCCCCCAGGCCGACUGGAUCAACCUGCCCGUCGGUGAGAACCUGAAGGAUCACCCCAUGUUCACGGUCACCGUCAACACCAACAGCAACUUCACCGCCUUCAACACCUCCAGCGUCAUCCCCGGCCCUGCUACCUUCGUCGAGAACCUGUACAAGCAUGCCUCUGGUGUUUUGUCGCAGGGUGGCCACCGUCUCCAGUUCUGGACCUCCAACAAGGGCUCCGAUGGCGUGACCCGUUUCUACCAGGCCUCCUGCAGCACCAGCGCUGACGGCACCAUCACCAUGAAGCUGUACCUCACCCACGGUGCCACCUCUUCCGGUGUCCUGGGUAUCAGCUCCUCCGGUUCCACCGUCAUCGAGACCGACCCCUGGUUGCAGACCGAUGCCGACAAGAAGGCCGUCACCGAGUUCCUCCAGGGCCUGAUCGACGACAUGAAGUCCGCCGGCAAGGGCUUCAGCAUCUCGGGCGUCAGCUCCGCCAGCGACAUCAUCUCCAAGAAGACCUCGGGUGACCACUUCGUCGGUACCGCCAAGAUGGGCACCGACGACGGCCGCCGCGACAACGGUACCUCGGUCGUCGACCUUGACACCAAGGUCUACGGUACCGAGAACCUGUUCGUCGUCGACGCCAGUAUCCACCCCGACCUGCCCACCGGUAACACCCAGGCCAUCGUCAUGAUCGCCGCCGAGGCCGCCGUUCCAAAGAUCGUCGCCGCCAAGGGCCUGACUGGCUCCGCUGCUUCCUCCAGCGUUGUUGUCUCCGCCCCCGCCGAGCAGACCGCUGUCGCCAGCGUCUCCAAGGCCACCACCGACGCUACCGUUGAGGCCACUACCACCGAGGCUGGCUCCGCCGCCGCCACCGGCUCUGGCUCCAACUCCGGCUCCAACAACAACGGCAGCGGCAACCAGCAGGCCGGCUCUGCCACCGCUCCCGCCGUCACCCAGGCUGCCACCACCGCCGCCGCGGGUAACGGUAACGGCCAGGCCGCCGUCCCUCACACUACCACCACCACCAACGAGGCUGGUGAGCUGGUCGUCGUGACCACUACCAAGUUGGUCGUUGUUACCAGCACCACUACCAUCACCGUCAUGCCCACUUUUGCGUAG